GAGAGAGAGAGAGAAAGAGAGAGAUCGAGAUCGGCGUUAAUGGAUUAUCAGCAAAAGCCGCCUCCGUCGUCUGACCCCUCGCCGUCUCCACCUGACCAUCCACCGGGAAUUACUUCACCGGAGACGUCCUCGAACAAUCAGAAUCAUGAGAUAGAGGACAUUAUGGCUUGCGUCACGGCUUUGGAAGCUGCUCUGCUGCCAUGUUUGCCAGCUAGAGAGCUUCAAGCGAUCGACCGCUCACCUCACCCUUCCCAUCAAAUUGACGUUGAGCGCCAUGCCAGAGAUUUUAUGGAAGCUGCGAAAAAGCUUCAGCUUUAUUUCAUGGGAUUGAAGCGAGAAGAUCGUGCACCCACUAGAGCUGAAAGCCUUAAGAAGGAGAUUGCAGUAAUGAAGGAAGAGCUCAAGACAAAGGAAGAGCUGAUAAAGAAGCACACAAGGCUUAUCCGAGAAUCGCAGAAGCUAGUGAAAGAACAGAUAGAGAAACACAGAGUUGAGCUGGAGAAAGUAUAAACUUCAAUCAGAGUUUUAUUCUUCUUCUUUUGUAUUUGUUUGGGGGGGGUCAAGUAUGUUUUCAAUAGUAAAUAAUGUAACUCUCUACUCAUUAUUCAUCCAUUUAUGUCUAUUUUACAUUGUAAGAGUAUUAUGCAGACCAAAGAGGGAUUCCAUCUGCAAACCCACAUCUCUUACAAAAUGUGCAGAUACACUUAUUUUGUGGCUU